GGUUUGUAGGAUGUCAACCAUACUGACGAAAUACUCCAGUUCCAGUUAUUGUGGUGAAGGCGUUGGGUGUGUCAGUAGUUUGUUGGGAUAAGUAACAAGUGUUGAUGGAUAACAUGGUGGUGAAAGAGUUGGCAGUGGUGUUAGGGGCGCUGUGCUGGGUGUUGACCCUCGCUACUGAUGGCCAUGGUUGUACGCCUUGGGUCACGACCGAAACUAACAAUGAUUGGCAAGGAGUAAAUUUCAAGAAUCCUGCGAAAUACUUGUGGUUCCAAGCAGACAAAAGGAGGACAUUGACCAAAAUAUACAUAGAUUUCUUCCAAAACGAUGGCAGUGAUCGAGUCAACAGGGACCUCUGGUUUACUGUCCCGAGUAAUACAAGUUAUUAUGUAGGAGUUAUCAAACCAAAGGUCUAUAGAUUCCUCGCUACUGAUGAGGAGGCAGUUUUUUUCAUCGAUGACGAUAACAAGUUGAUUCUGGGUUAUGGGAAGGUGCUCAAUAUCCGUGUUACUAGUGGAAGCCUUGUACACUGGAUCAACUGCCCCAGUUAUACACACCCUGAAAGACCGGAUAAGCUUAAAGUGCCUGAGGAUGAGCCUACAGUGUCCGAAGGUGACCAAGUUAAGAUUACUGUUAUUGUGUCGUCUACACUGGGAGUUGUGGGACUGGGCUCUUUGGUGGCCAUCAGCAUCUUCUGUGCCUUGUUCAGAAAACGUCCAACUGUUGCCACUUCAUCUCCUGCUGUUGCCACGACUACUCGUCCUGAUGACAACCCCAGGCCAACAAACACUCUCCAGUUAGUUCCUUACUCUCGCUCACACGACGACGAGGGCGAUUAUAUGUAUAUGGACUGUUACAACCUGAACACUGGUCAUAAUAUGCAAGCACUAUCUAUCACUGAGUUCAUGACGGUUAGGCACUAAUCUGGAGCGACUGCUGGAGAGGAAAGAGCCUUAUGUAUAGGAAAAUAGUCUGGCUGGAUAAAAAGGAGAGACUUUUAGCAGACAGAAUUGAGAGUUUGUGGAUAGAGAAGACUCUGGAAAGAUAAACUUAAUUAAUUUGAUAGGAAACUUUGUUGACACAUAAUCAAAACAAGACAUUAUUAUCGUUGUAUAAAAGUGUUUUGUAAUAUAUAGGAUUAUUGCUAUUAUUUACCUUCAGGUCAGGUAAUAUACAGUACAGUAUUAUAAUUCGUCUUCAGUUCAGAAUUUUUUUUCUUAUAUUGUUUCAUAGAUAAUAUUAUACAUCUCCAUUAUCAUUCCCUCAGAAGAAAAUAAAUUAGGAAUAAAAAUAAUAAAAACAAAUUCACAGGAAGAUGAGUUAGUGCCAAAGGCUAAUCUACAGUACUCACUAAAUAUGACACAAAUGUCCCAUGACCUUUGUCCUUUAUUAAUGAGGUCACCAAAUUAUUGAUGUAGCUGAUAUAUUGAUGAAUUAAACAUUGUUCAUGA